CCAGAUGCAAACAAAUGAUCUGGAAUCUAAAAUUUGCUCAAAAUAAAGUUUGGACCCAAAUGGGACAAGUUUUGAACCAGAACGCAUUUCUUUGCGUUUUUACUAUGGUGUUUUCAUGAUGUCAGGAAGAAGUACAACUCGAGCAGAACACACCAGUUCUUAUGUAUCGCCGACUAUUUCGCCGAAAUUAGGGACUUCCCAAACACAAUCGUCAAUGUAUGGCACCUCUGUACAAAAUAGCCCACCUGUUCGAGACUCUGCAACUUUAAAAGGUGUGAAUUACAGUGGCGCAGGUCAUGAGAAAUAUCCGUCGUGGCCGACGGCGGCCGCAGCCGAUAUACCAUUGGCAGUCAGAGGCCCUGUUACAGGAGGGUCACAUCGUUCCAAAAGCUGGACGGACCAUACCAACUACCCGAAGGAACAAGCACCAAUUCCAAUGAGGCCCUACAUGAAGAGGUCGCACGCCGCUUCUGUGGGAUCCAACACCCAGCACCUGAAAACGGUGAUGGAAAGAUCGGAGCAGAGUCGUAUCGUCACAACUACUUCUGAAGGCAUCUCUUCAACUUAUGAGCAAUUUGAUAGUACCAGGCUAAUACCUAUUCAUGAUGAACCUGAAAAAAGAAGCAGCAGCCCACCUGAACGUGAUACUGAUCAGAUGUCGUUACGAGGAUUGUCCAAAAAGGAUUUGGAGUCCUAUAAUACGUCAUAUGCAGAAUCCACUAUUUCACAGGAUACCGGAAAGUUUUCUCCGACCAGUUCCCAGUUGACCAGGGCCGAGUUGGAAGAAUACACCAGGACCUACGAUGAGGUCCUUGCAACCCAACAUGUUAAACAAUCAUCAUAUGCCCAAUCUGAAGGAUAUCAUAGUUAUGUCUCCAGUACGGAUAGUAUGUCCACUCCUUUUCUUGACAGGUUAAGAAGAGAUAGUGCCUUAAAUACCUUAUCUGGAGAAAAUGUUUCUAGGGAAGGACGUGACAGUGUAGCAACAAUUCAUUCUUGCAGCGAUAGUGUCGUCACUUCAAAUUCGGGCAGUUCUAGUGAAACUUUAAAAUGGCAUGGGUCCAUGAGUGACGUCUCUGUUGCCAGCAGUUCCAUGGGAACAGCAACUUCAAGAUCUCACAUAGCACAUAGUGCCAGAGUUAAAACUCCACAAAGACACAAUUCGGAAAGUAUUUUGUUUAUAAAUGGAGCACCAGCUAAUGGUGCUCCUGAAGAACCGACAAAACCUAGGACCAGAUUGGAUCGACAGAACUCCAAAUUAUUCCCGGUUAGCACGUAUAUGGUUAAACCUACUACGAAUGGUCAGGAGAAUAAAGCUCCAAGAUCACCUCCCCACCAAGUUCAACCAAGUGUUGCCGAACGCAUAAAUGAACUUGAACGGCAACAAUCGACCAGGUAUUCUUUUCUAGGACCAUCCAAACGUCACAAAAUCUCAGACCCGGCUUUAAAAGCUAUUCAGAAAAAAGCUUUACUUUCAUUUUACGAAAGACAUAACUCCAACAACGGCAAGAAUGCUAAUUCCAGCACUGGGCAAAAUCAAAACACAUCACCAACGAAUCAUUCUAGAAAUGAAUCGAUUGUUAGUAAUAACGUGAAUGUGAUUAAUGGAAAUGAUCCUAGUGGAAGGCAGGUGGGUUCAGCAAAGGACUCCUGGAGAAGUGAACCGCAUUUGGCAAGGCCUUUGCAGGCGCCACCUCCAGUCAAUCAGGCUAUGACUAUGAGACCCAGGACGCAUUCUUCGUCGCAAAGUUUUAGCAGCACCUCGAGGAGAGCUUCCACUGCUUCAGAAUACUCCAGUUGGCGCGAUUCUAAUGGUCAAGAACAAAAGUCAUCAACGCGUACUGAGCCCAAACAGCCACAUUCACAGAAAAUCUAA